CUUUAGCUACGGAAGCACGUAGUCAAUAGUGUUAGUUAAAUUGCUUUUCUAAUACCUAAACAGACAAUUAAUAACUGUUUUUUUUUUUCGUUAUAUAAUGAGUUGAUUUGUGUGAAAUUAUUUUACGCCAAAGUCAUUUUUUAUUGUUAAUUUUAGUCUUAUAACCGAAGGUAACAGAUGUGUUUUUAGAUUUCAAGCUAACAGCAGAUAACUGGGUUUCCUGCAACAUAGGCUUGUUUCUGUUGCCGGAUGCCUCUCUGAAACCACUUGUUUCCACUUUUAUUUUGAACUAUUUUUGCGCUAGUAGUGGCUGAAAGACUGUUGUCUCAGAAUGGCUCACGGUGUCAGGAGAGAUUCCCCGGAGUUCCCAGAUUUCUCCUUGCUCAAGAGACUGGUCAGAGAUCAGCUCAUCUACCUGCUAGAACAGCUGCCGGGGAAGAAGGACCUUUUUAUUGAAGCCGACUUGAUGAGCCCACUAGAUCGCAUUGCAAAUGUGUCAACACUAAAGCAACACGAUGUUGAUAAACUCUACAAAGUAGAAAACAAACCUGUUCUCAGUGCCUCAGAUCAGCUCUGUUUUUUGAUCCGACCAAGAAUACAAACUGUCAAAUGGAUCUGUGACGUGGUGAAUGCAGACAAGGCAGCAGGAAAAUUUAGAAGAUACAAGAUCAUUUUCACCCCUCAGAAGUUUUACGCAUGUGAUGCUGUGUUGGAGGAGCAGGGGAUUUUCGGUGAUGUGACCACUGACGAGUGGGCUUUCCACCUCCUUCCACUUGAUGAUGAUAUCAUCAGUCUAGAGCUGCCCGAGUUCUUUCGAGACAACUUUCUGGCAGGAGACCAGCGAUGGGUGAGGACAGCWGGGAGCGCUCUGCGCCUCCUCCACUCCCUCUACGGCCCGUUCUCUAAAAUCUACGGCAUCGGCCGCUGUUCUAAGAUGACAUACGAGUCGUGGAGGAAGCAGGUCGAAGMGGAGGAACAAAAACCUCGAAAAGCUGAAAUCGGGAAUGUUUUUCUUAUCGAUCGAGAUGUGGAUUUUGUCACUCCUCUCUGCUCACAAGUCGUCUACGAAGGCCUCGUAGAUGAUAUAUUUAAAAUCAAAUGUGGAUGUGUGGAGUUCGGUCCUGACGUUACCUCGUCUGAUAAAAGUGUAAAAGUCAUGCUGAACUCUCAUGAUAAGGUGUUCAAUGAAAUCCGAAAUGAGCAUUUCUCCAACGUCUUCGGGUUCCUCAGUCAGAAAGCCAAGAACCUCCAGACUGCAUAUGAUAAGCGUCAGGGCAUGGACAUAAAGCAGAUCAAGGCGUUUGUGUCAGAUGAGCUGAAGGGGUUAAAGCAGGAGCAUCGGCUGCUCAGCCUACACAUCGGUGCCAGUGAAUCUAUAAUGAAGAAGAAAACAAAGCAGGACUUUCAGGAGCUGUUGAAGACUGAACACUGUUUACUUGAAGGGUUUGAAAUCCGUGAAAGCAUCUCUUUCAUAGAGGAGCACAUCAACAGACAGGUCUCCACAGUUGAAAGUCUUAAGCUGCUAUGUCUUUUGUCAGUCACAGAAAACGGGCUCCUGCCAAAAGACUACCGGUCAUUAAAAGCACAGUUUCUUCAGAGCUACGGAGUGGACCACCUGCUCACAUUUUCUAACCUAAGGCAGCUGGGCCUGCUGGUGGAGCAGCAGCCAGGGGAAACUCUUACUGCUAUGGAGAGCAAAGUGGGCAAACUGGUCAAUGACAAGACUGCAGGAAAGCUUACUGAUGCAUUUUCCUCACUGGCAAAGAAAGGCAAUUUCAGAGCUUUGAGCCGAAAGCUCAACCUGGUGCCAAAGUCAGAUGAAGAAUAUGACCUGCGUGUUCCUCGAGACAUGGCCUACAUCUUCAGCGGUGCUUAUGUCCCCCUGAGCUGCAAACUCAUCGAGCAGGUGUUGGAGCGAGAUGGUUGGACUGGCCUUGAAGAAAUAACCAGGCUGCUUAAUGGGAAUGAAUUUGCUGUAACAGGCAGCAGUGGAGCUGAUUCAAAGCAGAACGAUGCUCGGCGCAUCAUUCUGGUCAUGUUCCUCGGCGGAUGCACCUUCUCUGAGAUCUCAGCCCUGCGGUUCCUUGGCAGAGAGAGAGGUUAUAAGUUUAUUGUGGUAACAACUGCAAUUACAAAUAGUUCCAGACUCAUGGAAGCUCUGCUGGACCCACCUGUGUGAAAUCUGUCAGUAAUACUACAAUGAAUACAACAUGUCACAUUCCCCACAACAUAGAAUGUACGCUUUUAUUAUUUGUCCGACAAACAAAAAUGUAAAAAGUGAAUAAAUGUGUUUUUAAGCA